AGUGUUUACAGGCAGAAACCUUGGACGCUGGCACUGGAAGGCAGGGGUGUUCUCAGAAAGGGGACAUAGAGAAGGGCAGUGCGGGGGGAGAGAUCCAGAGUUGGGGGUCUAACCCCUUUAGAAAAAUCAAAGCAAACCUGAAUGCAGUGAAGCAAGGGGACAGAGUAGGAGAGAUGGUAGGUGGGUGUCAGUGGCAGAAGAAAGGCUUUAAGAGAACAAGAUCAUCAGAAAAGGAGACAGCAUGAAGUAAAGGAACAAGAAGCAAAGCAGGGAGGAGAGAGAAUCAAGCCAGAAGUUAGACCUGAUAUGUUUGAAGCAUGGAAUGAAUCAGUAAAAGGAGAGAAAGGAGAGCGAAGGUGGCAGGAAAAGAAGGGAGAGAACGUAUCAGUUUAGAUACAGAUAAUGGUGUCAGUGAACUGCUAUUGGAAAGUGUACAGCACGGAAUAACUUAACAGGCAUCUCAGGGAAGCCAGAAACCAUUCUUUGGAGGGGGAUAGGGCCUCAGGGGUGAGGUGAAAUUUCAAUCAUGGCUCCCAGCCUCAUCCCAGGAUCCCUGUAGCUGCCAGCCUUGCUAUGGAGAAGCUGCCGUUAGGGGACAAUGAACCCAUUGUCCGUUGUGGGGGGCAUUCCCGCAAGGACUGCUGUGAGCGGGUGGUGAUCAAUAUUUCAGGCCUACGCUUUGAGACUCAAGUGAAGACCUUGCGCCAAUUCCCUGACACCUUACUGGGGGACCCGCGACGCCGUAUUCAGUACUAUGACCCGUUGCGCAAUGAAUACUUCUUUGACCGCAAUCGGCCCUGCUUUGACUCCAUCCUGUAUUAUUACCAAUCUGGAGGGCGGCUUCGACGACCAGCCAAUGUCCCCCUUGAUGUGUUUAUGGAUGAACUGAAGUUCUACCAACUGGGGGAGGAGGCCCUCACCAAAUUCCGUGAUGAUGAAGGCUUCAUGAAGGAAGAAGAGCAACCCAUGCCUGAGAGGGAGUUCCUCAAGCAGGUGUGGCUGCUCUUUGAGCAUCCGGAGAGUUCACAGCGUGCCCGAAUCAUUGCAAUCAUUUCAGUUAUGGUCAUCCUCAUCUCCAUUGUAAUCUUCUGUCUGGAGACCCUGCCUGACUUUCGGGAUGAAAGGGACAUCUCAUUGCCGAUGGUUCAUCAUCGCUCAAACACCAGCAUAUCUCAUGUUGCACCAUCAAAGAACCAUUUUGAUGAUCCCUUCUUUGUUGUCGAGACUAUUUGUAUCUGCUGGUUCUCUUUUGAGCUGUUAGUGCGGCUCAUGGCCUGUCCAAGCAAGCCGGCCUUCUUCAAGAACAUUAUGAACAUGAUUGAUUUUGUGGCUAUCAUCCCUUACUUUGUAGCCCUGGGCACCGAAUUUGCUCGCCAACGCGGUGUUGGCCAGCCUGCGAUGUCCUUGGCAAUCCUCAGGGUCAUCCGGCUGGUGAGAGUCUUCCGAAUCUUCAAGCUCUCCAGGCACUCCAAAGGCUUGCAGAUCCUAGGACAAACACUCAAAGCUAGCAUGAGGGAGCUUGGCUUACUCAUCUUCUUCCUCUUCAUCGGAGUCAUCCUCUUCUCAAGUGCUGUCUACUUUGCUGAAGCUGACCAUGAUGACACAAACUUCACCAGCAUCCCUGCAGCCUUCUGGUGGGCAGUGGUCAGCAUGACAACCGUGGGGUAUGGUGACAUGUACCCUGAGACUGUUGGUGGCAAAAUUGUGGGUUCCCUGUGUGCCAUUGCUGGAGUACUCACCAUCUCCCUGCCAGUGCCUGUCAUUGUCUCCAACUUCAGUUACUUCUAUCACCGUGAGACUGAGUGUGAGGACCAAGGCAAUUAUACCCACAUCACUACUUGUCCAUAUAGCCCACCGCCAUCCCCUGCCCCUGCCGCCAUCCGGGAGAGGGCUCACCUCAGGGAGAAACACCACCAUGAGGACUCCACACUAACUGUGCCCAAUUCAGAACUGCUAGAUGGCAUGGUGCCCAUGGGCAACUCAGAAGCGCCCAACAAACGUCUUGUGACCCAAGUGUGACCACCCUGCCCAUUCAAACAUCUGAUCCCCAGCAUCCUAGCCUGACCGUCUUUGCAUCUCAGUGUCUUAACCAGAAGGUUCUGCCUAACUACACAAUAGAUUAGCCACAAAACUGGUCUCCUGUUGGGGUCUAAAAUCCCAAAGACGGUAAUGAGUCUGAAGCAAACAUUUCACAGCAGUUUGGGAGAGGGAGUUGGAGAGACAGCUGUGUCUAAAUUUGGGAUGGGACAAGUCACAGUGGGUUUCCACUGGAGCAGACAAGACAGAAAAAACUGAAUCACAUGGACUAUGUUGCAAGGAGAUGGUUCCUCAGAAACACACGCCCUGUUGCUCUGCUCCUUCCUUAGUUGGCUUAGGGCACAGUCAGUUCAGAAAGGGUGCCUCCUCUCUGCUCCUUUUACUCCCCCUCUGCCUGGUCACCCUCCACCCUCCCAUGUGUCAAAGAGGCCUUGGCAUGAAGAUGCCUCCAUGAAAUCACAGCAAUGUGUACUUGGGUUACAUCUGCUGGAGUGCGGAAUGGAACAUACCCAGAGCAACCAGGCCUCAAAUAGCAAGAGUGGGGAUAAAUAAGGGAAUGCAGUAAGCCAACCACAUCUGAAUCAGGGGAUCACAGGGUACAUUGUCAUCACACAGAGGGGGAACUGUUAAUGUAUCUGCAGAAUGAGGUUGGCGGCUGCAGGGAGCAUCAGUCUCCUUCUGUCCCAUUAAGCUGGACCUCUUCGCUUAGAUCCCAUAAACAGGUAGAUAGCCCUCAUGUUGCCAGAAACUCACACUGGAAGAGAUGGGGUGGGGAUGUGUUCAUUUCUUACACCAAAGGGAAACUGUGAUGCAUAUAUAACUUUUGGGGUGUUGUUUACAAGACUGCUUUCUUUUCUACCCAGACAGCUCAGUGCAAAACUAUCCCUCAGUCCCUCACAAAGCAAGCAAGAAUGGCCAGGAAUGACACAUCCUUUUCCUUUUUGCUUCCCCCCGAAGUGAGCAAUUCAGUGCAGCUCAACCAAAUCUUAUGUCUCACUUCCAGGGCUGGUCUUACCUUUCAGCAGGGUGAGGCAGUCUGGUCAACUUUCCAUGAAAGGGCAGCAUGUGAACUGACUUAUUUAGUUUGUGUUUCUAUCAUUAUCAUCCUGGAGGGAGAGAGGAGGGGGAAGAGCACUGUAUGGAUUUCCCACCCAAAAUAUCGUAGGCCAUUAGCAGAAUCUCCUUAUAACUCAGAUCAAGUGACAUGAUUCUCCUUAGCCCAGUACCACUUUCUUUCAUCUCUGUUGCAACAAAAUCACCUUCCAGUUCAACUCAGCUAUUUUCAAAAUCCACAUCCACAUUCUCAAAAAGUGCACGGCUUCCUUCCAGCAUAAUUGAGCCAGACUUAAAAUAGCUCUGAAGGUUUGCUCAGUUCUGUCUGGCGCUACCAAGCAGCAUUCUUCACCUUCUAAUGGGACAGAAUCUCUGUUCUAAAAAGCCAGUCUCUCUUCAAGUCAUCCCUUAUGAUCAAGCUAAGAGGAGAGAGUUAAGCAGUUCUGAAAGUCUUAACCCAACAAAUAUGCUUCAGUUUGAAGAUAAAAUGGGGAAAUGAGCAAAAGAUAGACUUCCACAUGAUCAAUAUUCUCCCAGCCGCAUUAGUCUUAAUAUACAUUUGUGUAUACUUUUCCGUUUCAUUGGUCUUAAGUGCUGGGUAGAACAAGACCCAGAAGGCAGUUUACACACAGUCAACAGCAGCACUUUCUCCCACCUAAUAGAUGAUGUACUGUUGCAUGGAGAAUCAGGAGUCAACGUGCUGUAGUCUAUAAACCAAGAAUCAAUCCAUAGAUACUUGAGCUUAUGUAAGUUGCAAAGUAUAGGGUGUGCAUAAGUGAAUAGGAAUUACAGAAAGGUAUGUGAGUGAGUAGCAAAUGCUGUUUAGUAUUGUGUGUCUGAGUAGGCUGCAGAUAUCUGAACUGAAAUGCAGAGCAGUGCAAUUUCCUGAGAAAGUGGUUAUCAUUUUGCAAGCAGAACUGUCACCUGAUUAAAUAAACCUUAAUUGUUUAAUCAUA